GGAGCCCGCGAUUUUUUUUCGGGGAUGGGGGGCGGACGCAGAUCGGAGAUACACAGCAGAUCUUUUCUUAUUUACGGGUUGGUGGCUUGGGAGGUUCUCCAUAUCCAGCUGAUCGGGCUCAGCUGGGAGGUGGUGCUGGGUUGCUUCCACGUGUCUCCUGGCCGACGCAAGUGCCGUGGGCUUCGCACAGCCAGGAAGCUGCGCAGUCACCGACGUGAUCAGAAGUGGCAUGAUAAACAGUACAAGAAGGCCCAUCUGGGGACUGCCUUGAAGGCCAACCCUUUUGGGGGAGCUUCUCAUGCCAAAGGAAUUGUCCUGGAAAAAGUUGGCGUAGAAGCUAAGCAGCCAAAUUCUGCCAUCAGGAAGUGUGUCCGAGUCCAGCUUAUCAAGAAUGGCAAGAAAAUAACAGCCUUUGUUCCCAAUGAUGGUUGUUUGAACUUCAUUGAGGAAAAUGAUGAAGUCUUGGUUGCUGGUUUUGGUCGGAAGGGUCAUGCUGUUGGUGACAUUCCAGGAGUUCGCUUCAAAGUUGUUAAAGUAGCCAAUGUUUCUCUGUUAGCAUUGUACAAAGGCAAGAAGGAAAGACCCAGAUCAUAAUUAUGUGAUCAGUUUAAUAAACAUUUUCAUUUAA